AUGAUAAAUAUACCGGAUUCAAUCCUAGAGCAAAUUUUUAUUUAUUUGAAUUGGAAUGAACGUUCACGAGCUGCUCGUGUGUGUAAAAAGUGGUAUAAUGUGUUUCAAUCUCCUGUUUUGUGGAGGAAAAUCGUUUUUAAGCCACCGUGUCGUCGACUAACAAAACUUCAGUAUGAUAUUAAAGGCUAUCGUUUGUCUUGUUGCUUAAAGGCGAUUGGUUGCCAUAUUCGCAACUACAAGUUUUUGAAAACUGAUGACUUGUUCCUACUUAAUCGAACGUUAAACGUUGUUGCAAAGUUUCUUGAAUACAGUUUCAAAUUAGAUGGACAGAAGAAUGAACCUAAUAAUGCCUGCGAUUUAGAUGGCAAUGAAUAUAGUGACCUACCUAAAGAAAUCGAAAAUUUAUCAUAUGGAAAUCUGAACCGUAAUGUAAUGCGUGAAACAGACUAUGGACUUGCUGGUUUCAUUAUUGAAGGUGAUCCAGAUGCCGAAGCUACUCUCAGGUUAAUAUUUGAGCUGCAAGAGCAUGAAAUUCAGGACUUUUCAUCUGAUUUAUCCUCUGAAAAUAGUCAAGCUGAUUUAUUCAAUGAUUUAGAGCAAUUUCAAUCGCAUAGAAUGUCUUCUAUUAGCUAUCCUCCAUCUCAUCGUUAUGAUUGUAGCAGCUUCAAACGCAGUAAAAGCUCUCAGUAUCCCUCAUCUGUGUCAAAUUUCUCACCUUUUCACCACCCACCUAUUGUUCAUUCUUUUGAAUUGGAUUUUAAUUCUGAAGUCGAUGAUUUGCGUGGUCUUGUUUAUGGAACUGGAGGUGCAUUACUGGGAACGAUUAGCCGAGUGGUACGUCAGUUAAGUGAGCUUCAUCGUCUCCACCUAGUGGAUCUUUUUCUUGUUUCCGAUGACGCCAGACAGUUAGUUUGUGAAAUAAGUGAUGUUGCUUCACAUUGUCUAAAUGAUCUCAAUCUUGUUCACUUCCAUAAGUCAUCUGUCAAUCCAAUAACCGCACAUCAUCGUGAGUACAUCCCAGGUUUUGCAAAUUUAGUCUCUGAUGAACAUCAAACUACUAACAAUGUUUCAAAUAACAGUAGCCACCAAUGUUUCAAUGAAGAUUGGUACCUUUUGGAUCCUCGUUGGCUUAGUGCUCGAUCUCAACGGACCAGCGAUAAUCCUUUGUGUGAUUUGUCUAGUCUUUUCCCUAAAAUUAUACGUCUUACUUUGAGUCCAACUCAGUUAACCGGUUCAAUGCUUCUUCGACUUUUAUAUCAAACUUCGUUGCAUCAAUUAUCUUUAAUUCAAUUUACAGAAAUCCAUUCAGAUAAAUUAAUCUGGAAAUUUUCAGGACAAUAUUCUUUUUAA